CUGCGGCCAAAACCGAGCAAAAGAUCAAUCAAUUCUUAAACCUUCCCAGUGUCUUUACAAAUCCUGACAUCUAUCACUCGCGUUGAACUCAAGAACAUGGUUUACCCAGGCAAAAGGAGCUUAGGCUGUACGCUAUGCAGAGAGCGGAAAGUAAAGUGCGAUGAGAGACGCCCCGGCUGUCGUCGCUGUGAACUGUAUAAGACCCAAUGUCCCGGCUACCGUAGACCUUUAGAAGUCCGAUUUUACUUUCGAGAACCCGAAGAACAAAUUGCUAGCAUGCUAGUCGUUAGACGGUCUGGCGAGUGCCUAGCUCCCAGGCGCGCUUCCUCGCAGGCCGCGAACUCGAAUAUCCAGUAUCCAACUGACGCUAUUGGGAAGUCGACUUUGCGGUUCGGUUCAAGACGUGAUGAGGAGUCAAUCCCCUACUUUCUGGCCGAAUACAGCGUUCCGCCUUUGCCAGGAAUUUACUCUGGUAACCUAGACUUUUUGCCAAACCUCCUCGCGUCUUCAUCUCCAACAUCCGCAUUAUGGCCAGCUACGCAUGCUUCAGCAUUUUUAGCCCUUUCUCGUCGUUAUAAGUCGUCACAGCUGUACGAUAGGGCGCGCAGGUCUUAUGGCACUGCUCUCUUAGCAGUGAACGAGAGCCUGUCCCAACCACCGCACACAUGGCAAGACGACCUUGUGGCAGCCAUCAUGUUACUGCAUCGAUUCGAGGAUAUGGAUGGUGGGCUUCUCAGCAAUCGGGCCCUGCACAUGCGCGGUAUCGCUGAGCUAUAUAGGGCUCGUGACCAAAACCUCUUAAGCAAGCUACCUGGGUGUUCUCUUUAUUCCUGGACUUUCUCGCAGUUACAAAUCCAUGCGUUUAUUACACACACGAGCUAUGAGUGCCUGAUCGUUCCAGAGCCGGAGCCUGAUAUCAAGCACAUUCCAACAGGCUUUACCGUACUUGUCGCUAAAGUAGGCCGUUUCUGGUCUCAACUAACGGAACGUCUGACCACGUUGCGCCUCAACACAGGGACGCACUAUGAACAGCGACAGUCACUGGUCACAGCAUUGCUUGAUGCGAUAGGGAUCAGGAUAGAUAUGGACAAGUGGAUCGAAUCUCUCCCUGUAUCGUGGAAACCCACGACAACAGUCAAGGAUGGCGGACACAUUGUCAUCACAUAUUCUGAUCAGUGGCUCGGAACCAUAUGGAUCCUUUAUAACGCCGUACAGAUCAUCUUCUAUCACGGUGUGCUUCAGUGUUGUCAAUCUAUCCUGAGUUUUCAGGAUCAUAACGACAUGACCUGUGACGAGCUGAUUGAAAGUUGCAGGGCGACAGCGGAGGUGAGCCUCGAACAACUGACGGAACUAGUCUGUGGCAGCAUACCUUAUGUGCUUGGAGAGGUCGAUAUCGAUGGGCAAAGACUAGAAGUCCCUAACUACAAAGGCAGCCACUGCUACAAUCUCAUCUGGCCACUUGCACUGGUAGCUCGGUCAGAUCGUAGCACCAAAGACCAGGUAGACUUGUGUAGGAAGACAUUAGCUAACAUCCGAGCGAAGUAUGGGAUACAUUUAGCUGAGUCUGCGCAAGAUGUAGCCGCCCUAUUGUUCUACCAGUAGUCUACAUUCUUGCAGUGUCAAGAAUAUCUUAGGAAUCCGGAAAGGGCUUUGAUAGAGGGUAACGAAUGUGUCAGCUGCUGAAUAUUAAGUAAAGUGACUUUAGUUAUACGGCAUAGCAUAAUCACAUCACAGGCAACUCAAUAGCCAUGAAGGACUUUUCAUGGGUUGGGACCAUUAAGUAGGCAUUUAUGCCUAGAGCCCCAAGAGCCAUUUUUGAUAAUGUGGCUACC